CGCAAGGAAUUGUGGGAAGGGGGAGACAAGCGGCGCGAAGAGCCAUGAAACUUACAAAACACCUUCGUGUUUUAUGUUGUUUUGGUUUUUAAAUGUCUGAGCCUCUCCAUCAUUCUGUGUGGCGGUUUAAACGAAACAAUCGACACUAUUGUUGCGAGGAAAAAGUCGUUUUGACGACUGCAUUUUCGAUUCCCCUGCCUCUGUCGCCGACGCUGCAACUCUGUUGAACCAUCUCCCUCGUGUGGAGGCUCUGGAGACUCACAGGCGUAUCGAGCCCACCAGCACUUGGCGCGGGGCGACAUCGACGAUGAGCAGCCUGGUGAGUUUCGGAAAGUGCUGCUCGGUGCUGGUGACGGGAGCCAGCCGGGGGAUCGGGCUGCAGAUGGUCGACAGUCUGGCAGCAGGUGGCGGCUUCUCACCGGGCAAGAUCAUAGCCACGACCAGGAACCCCGCGACCGCGCAGAAACUUCAGGAACUGGCAAACAAACAUCCCAACAUCCACAUCAUCACUCUGGAUGUAGUGAGUCAGGAGAGCAUAGAGAGGUGUGCGGAGGAGGUGGGCCAGCUGCUGCAAGACGAGGGUCUGAACUGUCUGAUCAACAACGCCGGGAUCAACGUGGUGGCCGACCUUCACUCUGUCACCGCGGACAAGAUGAUGGAGAACUUCCACACCAAUGCCGUGGCUCCUCUCAUGAUCACCAAGGCCUUCCUGCCUUUAUUGAAGCGAGCUGCGUCCAGAGGAGAAGCGGGCGACUCAGGGAGCAUGAGCAUCCAGAGGGCAGCAGUUAUCAACGUGUCCUCUCUGCUGGGCUCCGUGGAGCUCAACUGGGGCGAGGGGGCGAACAACAUCAAGUGGUACCCCUACAGGACGUCCAAGAGUGCCCUGAACAUGGUGAGUCGCUGUAUGGCCAAAGACCUGGAGCCUGAUGGGAUUCUCUGUAUGGCCAUACACCCGGGCUGGGUCCGCACCGACAUGGGGGGGUCUGAGGGUCUACUGAGUCCGGAGGAAAGCGUUUCCUCCAUCUUGUCCGUGAUCGGUGGCCUGUCUGAAAAGGAUCACGGGUCAUUUUUGAACUUCACCGGAGAGGCGUUGCCCUGGUGAUCACCAAACAUCGCCAGUAAUAAGUAGGAUGAUUAUGAAUGCUAUUAACUUAUGUCUACUGUUUAGUCAGUCAUGAUCUUCUCCAACUAUAUGCAAAGAUGAACGGCUCAGAGUUCAGUAUUGUUCUUUAAUCUUGCUCUGCCUGUCAGAAGAAGUCUUGUAAAGUUUAUUUAUAGGAGAUCAGCAGUGUUCGGUUAGUUUUAAAGACUUUACUGUACUGUGUUCAUGAGUCGAUCAGUGGGGUUAAUGCUCUGCAGCUUGUCUUUUAGACAACAUAGUUUACAGUUCAUUCAGUAUUCUGCAGCCAGACUGUGUUCAAAUGUGAAAAUAAAAUGCUACAGUAUGCAAUAACAAAAUUGUAGCUUGAAAACAAA